GAAGAGAUCUGCUGUCUCAGCCAUGCAGGUGCAUUGAAGAGUGAAUUGUUCACACACAUGCGGAAGGACGUUAUCUGUGUUUGCCUGGGUCGCCAUGGUGUCAUCCCAACAGAAGACCAAGAGCCCAGUGAUGGAGUCUGCCUUUAACUUUGUCCUUGGAGCAGUGGCUGGAGGUACACUGGGAGCCAUAGAAGUACCUGUGAAUCAAGCCAUGACUGAAAUCAUUUCAGGAACCCUUAUAAAACCUAUCACAGAUGGCAUGAAGACUGUUGGGGCACUGGGAUUGGGAACUAUUCUAGGAGCAACUGCCCUCACCACAUCAAUCACAUCGAUCGUGUUGGGGGUCACUAUGGCUGCUUCAGUGGGCUUGUUGCUCUUAAGAGUGGUAAAGAGUGAGGGAUGGGCCAUAAUUGGGCUUGUUGCGGCCCUGGCCAUGACAUCAAGCGGUGCGGCAAUGGGGGCCAUCAUUGAACAACUUGUGCGCUAUGGUGUGGUCAGUCUGCUCUGGGCGCUGGGGAUUUUCACAGUGUUAAAACUGUUAAUGCACACUGUUGUGCGGUUUGCAUGCAGGGAAUGGGAUUGCUGUGGAAGUUUGGAAAACAGCAAUGAGGAUAGUAACACCGAACAAGAGAGACUAGAUGCUUUGAAGGAACAACAAAGACAGCGAGUGGCAGUGGAGAUUGAACAAAGGAUUAUCACCCUUGAGAUGGAAAAAACUCAAGAGGAAAAGCUUGAAGACAGAUCUGAUUGGAAGGCCCAACAAAGACAAAGAGAGAAAAUAGAGAAACAAUACCAGAAGGCUUUUGAGGUGGAAAUGAAGCACAGGACCUCUCAACAGCACCUACGUAAAGUCAUAGCCAAAUACAUGGAGUUUUGGGCAUUUUCUGGCAUCCCAAUGACAGUGACUGCCUCUGUGACAGCUGGAUUUGGCAUCUUUGGCUUUGGAGCUUACAGAUUUGUUUUUGUUAUACUGAUAGUCCUGGUUUUGUGCAUGUCCUUUGGGCUAAUGAGGUCACGGCAUUUGACAUUUUGGAUGUUUAUAGGCUGCAUGACAAUGUUUGCCACAUUUGCUAUCGCUGUGUUGACCGUCCAUGCCGGACAGGAGGUGGCAGGGAUGUCCGUAAAAAUGCGCAGGGCAGGACAAGAGAUAAGCAAGGAAAACAUCAGCUUCCGUAUGACCCACACGUCCUCCGUAGAGGCAAUAUCUGCUGGGUUCUUCGUGACAAAAGUUUGUCAGGUUGGUUUAGGGGCCACAGUCGGUGGUCCAUUGGCCCAAGAGAUAGAUGGAAAGGCAGUAGUGGGGGCGUCUGUAGUAGCUGUGUUCGUUCUGAUGAUAGUUAGAGCAUCACCACUGAUACUGGGAGCUGGUGGUACAGCUGGAGCUUUGCUGGGAGUGGUUGGAGCAGCUGGUGUGUCCAUGGGGGCCGCUGCAGCUGUAGCAGGAAAAUCGUCCUCAUGGGUAGGAACAAUAGUAACCAUUGCUGGGAUGAUCUUUGGUUUAUUAAUAUUUGGAAGGUGGGACUUUGUUAACACUGGACUUCAGAUAUCUGUGGCAUACAUUUUUGCCAUGACAAAUCUUCAUUGAAAUUCCUUGAUGCAGUCUUUUAUGUUGAAAUGAAAUUAAUCGGAUAGCUUUGUAUUUGAAGCUAGGAUUGAUUAGCAUCUCUGGACAUUACUGUGUGACAUAAUUUUUUUAAUAUGUUUUUUUUAAUUGGUGUAUGCAUUUUACUGCACUUUUUGCUUUUU